GAUCACUCCUCAUACAGGGCUGCAUUGUUGUGAAUACAGCAGCAGCACCGCACUGCACUUUCAGAAGGUUAUGAGGAGGUUAUUUCGACUCAGACUGCAGCAGGAUUUAUUCCACUGUAAGAAAAACGUCGGCCUGCUGCAACAGUGAAACAGUUCACUUGAGCGCACAGAGAGAAAGUCCCGUUCUGCACGCGGAUCGAUUUGCACGGGUCUUUUGUUUUCUCCAUCUCUGCUGCAGCAAGGACGGAGAUAGCAGGGCGAUACGAGGAUCCAUGAGAGACGCUUUGAAAAGGAUACCGCUUCAGUAUCACGGUUGUGUGGGGUGCAGCCAUGGAUGCCGGGGAGCUGGAGCAGCAGGUGGCCAGUGUGGAGAGAGGCAUAGCCUUCCUGAAGCAGGAGCACCUGACCAUGCUGGCAGGUCUGCAGCUGGAGAUCACACACCUGAAGAGGCGCUGUCAUGGUCAGUGUACAGAGCUAAGCUGUGAGCUGGACUCCAGGUUUCCCAACAGAAGCACAGAAGAGGAGGAAGCAGAGCUGGCAGCACGCUGUGAGGCUGCAGAGCGUCUCCUGGAGAACCAGCAGUGCAUGAUGGUUGCUGCGCGUGGGGAGCUGCGGGCAGGCCGGGCACGGGCAUCAGCACUGGGAAGGAGCCUCAGGGAAGAAGAGCGGCAUUUCCUGGAGGAACUGAAACGUCGCAGCCACAAGAUCACGCUGCUGAGUCGUGAGCUGCAACGCCAAAAUGUCACCACGACGACCCUCUGCCACGAGCUCCACACGGCACGCUUAAAACUGUUCCAGCAAAGGCAGAGCACAGAGUCUGGUGCAGAGGGAGAGGAGGACCCCAGAGGGAAGGAGGAAGAAGAUGAUGAUGAUGAUGAGGAUGAUAAUGAAGGUGAGGAGGAUGAAGAUUAUGAAGGGGAGGGCUCGGACUGGCUUCUGUCUCCACCUCCUCCAGCCUCUCCCAGCCAACCAGAAGAGAGUCACAAGAGGCGUGUCACCGUGAGGGAAGAGCGGGUCAGAGCUUGCGUCCCGCAGGAGAGAGUGACGUCACCGCAGAGGCCACACUCAAUGCCCGACCCCGCCGUCUUCUUGGUACCGCUAAGAUAUCGCCUCCUUCGCUUGAACCAACCAAUCAGAACGCAGGAUGGCGAGGGGAUGGAGGAUGAGUGGGAGGAUAUAGAGGACAGCAGGGUGCACAGGAGGGUGGACAUGGGAGCAGGAGAGGGAGAAACUGCUCUGUGAUGAAGAUAAAAAAGACAAAGUUGUCUUCCAGCAGGACUCUGAUGCGGUUAUUCUAGAAAAAGCUAAAGACGAGAGAGAUUUAACCUUGUGAUUGUCUGUAGAUUUCAGGAAGUGAGUUAGAUAUUUAGAAGUUAGUUGCACAAGAGCGUGUGAUCGAACCUACACAUUAACUAGCGUAUUAAGCUAAUUCGUCACAUUGAUGGUACAACGUGUACUUUGAAAAUGUGAAGAAAUUAGUGGGUCAGAAAAAAUGUAGUAGCGGUACUGUUUCAUAUGGAUGCCUUUUCGUUUUAACACUGUUGAUCUCGGCUUUUGCUUGUAAUUAGUAGUCUUGCCUCAAAGUCUGUGAACACUUCUACCGUACUGUUCAACGUGGCAACCUGCUUUUUCACUGCACUAGCCGCAUUCCAGGUUUGUAAAGUCACUUUAGAAGGCUUUGGGACAUUUUGUAUGAUUUGCACUUUAUUAAAUUCAUGCAAUGUGCCUAGUAAUGGCAGAGAAGUAUUUCUGGUGUCUUGUUGUCUGUCAAUGUUUCAGAAGUUUUUAGUAGUUUCUUUCCGCAGAAGAUAUUUUGGCUUAUCAUAGCAGUUAAAGCACUAAUAGCGUUAACGGUGGCUCUGUCCAAGUGUCCCAGUGUGACAGUGAACAAGCAUGCACAAUACCAGGACUCUGAAACUGAAACAGAUAAAGGAAAGUCCUCAUUUAAUUUGUAAUUUGCACCUGUGUUUUUCCUACAAUGACAAAACAAAAUGGCCUCUGAGGCUGUGCUCUCAAUUAUUUUUACUUCUUGUGUCAAUUGUAUUUUUAUUUUAUUUUACAGUUAUUGCUCACAUUGUACAAGAGUUGAAACGUCAUUAUUCAAACAAACACACCAGACAUACUCUGUUUCCAGCUUCUUCAAUGUGAGGAUUUGCCUCUGUUUUUUUGAGGGGGGGGGGGAUUUGGACUGUUGGUCAAACAAAGCAAGACAUUUUAAAAUGUCACUUUUGACUUUUGACUAAGUUUUAUAGACCAUACAAUUUAAUCUAGUAAUAAAGAGAAUAAUCUGCCCUCAAUUGUAGAUAAUACAAACAUUCACCUGUAUUAAAUACUACCCACUUCUGUAUCUGGAUCAAUGUGCUGUGCUGCUUGUAAACAUUUAUGUCCAGUCCUACACUGGGUGGCAGUGCAACCAAACCUUGACUGGGAUUAAAAUAUGGCCAGGUCUGUG